AUGGAGGAGGAUGCUCAGCUUCUGCGCGCCGAGUCUCGCUCGAUGAUGACGCGUCUGUCCAUACACAGUAAAAGAUCCGACCUACUCGACACCGCUAGCCUCGCGGACCUAUCCGGGAGCAGUCCCAGCUUGCGCGCCUGUCCGUUCUCACAGUUGCCGCCGCCAGCCAUAAAGCUGACGGGAGCGAACGAAGCAGCGGGCAUGCCGCCGCUGCUGGGACUGCAGCAGGCUAAUAACGAGCGCGCGGAAGCGUGGAUGGCGACAACACCGACGACGGUAGGAGUGGAGGUGACGACCGACAUCGGCGCGACAGAAACAGACUCGAAGGCGUCGGCGAGACGCUUUCCGCGCUUCCGUCUGCGUAAAAAAAAGAAACGGAAACAGAAGAGCUCCUUGUGUACGAUCAUCUAGACGAUCCUGAGAUUAACACAGAGUCAGGCACUCAAACAGACAGACAGACGGACAGACAAACGGACGGACA